AGGAGGCUGAGCCAGCCAUCCCACUGGACGCGCUUAGCCUUUUCCUGCCAGCAGCCCAGUAAACUGUGCCAAAAUCUGGACACACACCUCUCUGGACGUCCAACCAUACUCGGAAAACCGUAGCAGCCUCCCAUCCUCAGCCGAAGCUACACUUUUGAUUUCGACCGGCAUGGUUCAUAAAUAGCGAUGGAUCCAGAGACGACACGUAUCCGUGACGACCCAGACAUCAAGGUGAUGAUGGCUGGGUCCACUCUACGGAAGGUCAAGUCUCGCUCCUGGAAGAAGCAGCGGCAUUUUCGGCUCCUGGAGGACGGGAUGACCAUUUGGUACAAGUCUCGCUGGGCAGGAAAUGGCCACUCCACGUUCUCUGUCAAUGACGUGGAGGCGGUCCGUGAGGGGCAUCAGUCGGAGGUGUUGCUGAGCAUCGCUGAGGAGUUUCCUGCCAACCUUUGCUUCACGCUGGUGUUUCACGGCCGUCAAGGAAACCUGGACCUGGUGGCCGAAACUCCAGAAGAGGCCCGAGCUUGGAUUCAGGGGGUUCGCAAGUUGGUCCACAGAGCUCAGAACAUGGACGAGAAGGAACGCCUGGACCAGUGGGUGUGGGACUGGUUUCAAAAGGCCGACAAGAACAAAGAUGGGAAGAUGACUUUCAAGGAAGUGCGGAAGCUUCUGAAGAUGAUGAACGUUGAGAUGAACGAAGAACACGCUCUGCAUCUCUUCACCAUGGCAGACAAGUCGGGAAGCGGCUCUCUGGAAAUCGAGCAGUUCAUUUUCUUCUAUAAGAUGCUGACUCAGCGGGACGAGGUGUGGAAGGUCUUCCAGGACUACUCUGGAGAUGGUGAGAAGUUGCUCCUGGACGAGCUGGAGAGCUUCCUGAAGGUUGAGCAACACGAGGAAAGCGGCAGCACUCAACACGCAAAAGAGCUGAUCCAGAAAUACGAACCUUCAGAAUCAGCCAAAUCUCAAGGCGCCAUGUCCCUGGAUGGCUUCCAGAAGUACCUCUGCUCUCAGGACGGCUCUGUGUUUAGAAAUGACCGCCUGGGUCUCUACCAGGACAUGAGCCAGCCGCUGAGCCACUACUUCAUCUCCUCGUCCCACAACACGUACCUGCUGGAGGACCAGCUCAGGGGGCACAGCAGCUUGGAGGCCUACAUCAAAGCUCUGAAGCGAGGAUGCCGCUGCGUGGAGAUCGACUGUUGGGACGGGAGCGACGGUGAACCGGUGGUGUACCACGGUCACACUCUGACAUCAAAGAUCCUCUUCAGAGACGUCAUUGCCACACUGAAGGAGUACUCUUUCAAGAAAUCACAGUUCCCCGUCAUCCUGUCCCUGGAGAACCACUGUGGUGUGGAGCAGCAGAGGGUCAUGGCCAAACACCUGAGCCAGAUCCUCGGUCACAUGCUGCAAACCACCUUAUUAGAGGGUCAGGUCCCUAAACAGCUGCCUUCUCCUCAGGAGUUGAGGGGAAAGAUCUUGCUGAAAGCCAAAAAGAUCGGCGGUUUAGAGGGAAGCCUGGACGAAACCGUGACUGAUGACCUCAGCGACGAGGAGGAGAUGACCAAUGGGGAUGGAAGGAGUGCGUCAGCAGAUAACCUGGAGACGUUGAACCACCAGCAGAAGGUUCUGAAAUCCGCUUCCAAAUUGUCCAGGGAGCUGUCAGACUUGGUGGUCUACUGCAAGAGCGUCCACUUCCACGGCUUCGAGCACGCCCGCUCCCACGCCAAGUGUUAUGAGAUGUCGUCGUUUUCGGAGUCCAAGGUGAAGAGGCUCGCCAAGGAAGCAGGGGUAGACUUUGUGCAGUACAACACCAAACAGCUGAGCAGGAUUUACCCCAGCGGCCUCAGAACCGACUCAUCUAACUUCAACCCCCAAGAUAUGUGGAGCGUCGGCUGCCAGAUUGUGGCUCUGAACUUCCAGACAGCCGGUCUGGAGAUGGACCUGAAUGAUGGUCUCUUCCGCCAGAAUGGCAGUUGCGGUUACGUCCUUAAACCCGACUAUCUACGUGACCCCAACUCAAAAUACAGCCCCGAGAAGCCUGAGGAACAUCCUGGCUGCAGACCUCAGCGUCUCUCCAUCCAGGUGAUAAGUGGGCAGCAGCUUCCAAAGGUCAACCAGAAAGAGGGCUCGAUCGUCGACCCCUUGGUCCGAGUGGAGGUCUACGGAGUUCCACAAGACCAGGCCAAGGAAGAGACCAGUCACAUCAACAACAACGGUUUUAACCCCGUCUGGAACGAAACACUAAACUUCUCCAUCCACGCUCCGGAACUGGCCCUCGUUCGUUUCCUGGUGGAAGACUAUGACAAGGCAUCCAGGAAUGACUUCAUGGGACAGUUUACAUUACCAUUUACCUGCAUCCAACCAGGAUAUCGUCACGUGCAUCUGCUGUCAAAAGAUGGAACAGCGAUCCCUCCCUCCUCUCUGUUUGUCAACAUCAGUAUCACAGACCUCACAUGAGUGCGAUGCUGCCUCCUGGACUGGUGACUGCAGAUACCUCCUGCCGCGAUCAACACAAGAAAAAAACAAAUGAAUCCAACCAAACCAACGACUGCAUGAGACUGACAGUGUGAUCAAUAGCCUCGUGUUAUCAUUCCACAUGAUGUGAGCAUGCAUGGGACCAGUGUAAAAUAAGAUUCAGUAUUUCUUUUUUUUUUAUUAUCAGUAUUAUUCAUUCCAACAUGUGCAAUAUUUUUUAAGCAUAAUAUGUUGUAAUAUGUUUUUUUAUGGUUUCUGU